GCGCCGCUCUUCUUCUUCUCUUCCAUUGCAAGCAAGGCCAAGGCCAAGGCCAAGCAGCUGUGUCCCUCUCUGACUCCCCACCUCGCGCUCGCCUCACCCGACCAUGCCGGGCCUCGCCGCGGCCGACAACUCGCCACCGGUGGCGGCCCCGCCGCCGAGGCGGCUGUCGUCGCCGCUGCCCAGGAGCCGGGCGCCGCCGUCGCCGUCGCCUUCCACCUCGUCGCGGGCCAAGCCCAGGAAGGUGGCGGCGCAGCCGGAGACGGACGAGGCGGCGCUCGACAACCCGGAUCUGGGGCCCUUCCUGCUCAAGCAGGCCCGCGACGCCAUGGUCUCGGGGGAGGGCGGGGGCGCCGCGCGCGCGCUCGAGUUCGCCGAGAGGGCCGCCCGCGCGCUCGAGCGCCGCGGCGAGGGGGCCGAGCUCGAGCUCGCCAUGAGCCUCCACGUCGCCGCCGCCAUCCACUGCGGCCUCGGCAGGCACGCCGACGCCAUCCCUGUCCUCGAGCGCGCCGUCGCCGUCGUCACGCCGCCUCCGCCUCCGCCGCCGCCUGAGGGUGAGAGCUCGGCGGAGGAGCAGCCGCCCGAGGACCAGCAGAAGGGGGAGGAGUGGGCCCUCGCCGCCUUCUCCGGCUGGAUGCAGCUCGGCGACACCCACGCCAUGCUCGGCCGCAUGGACGAGUCCAUCGCCUGCUACGGCAAGGGCCUCGAGAUCCAGAUGGCCGCGCUCGGCGAGCGUGAUCCCCGCGUCGCCGAGACCUGCAGGUAUUUGGCGGAAGCGCAUGUGCAAGCCCUGCAGUUCGAUGAAGCAGAGAAGUUGUGCCGCAAAGCCCUCGAGAUCCACCGGGAGCACAGCGCUCCCGCUUCGCUCGAGGAGGCCUCCGACCGCCGCCUGAUGGCACUCAUCCUUGACGCCAAGGGUGACUAUGAUGGUGCCCUGGAGCACCUUGUGCUUGCCUCCAUGACCAUGGUCGCCAAUGGACGUGACAUUGAGGUCGCGACGAUCGAUGUCGCGAUAGGCAACACCUACCUUGCCCUCGCCCGCUUCGACGAGGCUGUCUUCUCCUACCAGAAGGCGUUGACAGUACUCAAGUCUGCCCGUGGUGAUGACCACCCUUCGGUUGCAUCUGUCUUUGUCCGCCUCGCAGACCUUUACCACCGAACAGGGAGGCUCCGCGAGUCCAAAUCCUACUGUGAGAAUGCACUCCGUGUCUAUGCAAAGCCCGCGCCUGGCGCUGCCCCUGAUGAGGUUGCUGGAGGCCUAAUGGAGAUUGCUGCCAUCUAUGAGGCGCUUGGAGACCUUGAUGAGGCACUGAAGCUUUUGCAAAGGGCACUAAAGUUGCUUGAGGACUCACCAGGACAGUGGAGCACUGUUGCUGGCAUCGAGGCACAAAUGGGUGUGUUGUACUACAUGGUAGGGAGGUAUGCCGAUUCAAGGAACUCAUUUGAAAAUGCGGUUGCCAAAUUGAGAGCUAGCGGGGAGAGGAAGUCGGCAUUUUUUGGAGUUCUGUUGAACCAGAUGGGGCUAGCUUGUGUGCAGCUAUUCAAGAUUGAUGAGGCUGCACAGUUGUUUGAAGAGGCAAGGGCAGUUCUAGAACAGGAGUGUGGUGCCUCUCAUCCAGAUACUCUCGGCGUCUACAGUAAUUUGGCUGCAAUCUACGAUGCUAUGGGCAGGGUUGAGGACGCCAUUGAAAUACUGGAACACGUACUUAAGGUGAGGGAAGAGAAGCUCGGCACAGCAAACCCGGAUGUCGAGGACGAGAAGCUAAGGCUUGCGGAGCUUCUGAAGGAGGCAGGGCGGUCCCGGAACAGGAAGCAGAAAUCGCUGGAAAACCUUUUCGUGACCAACUCGCAGCGUGUUAAGAAAGAUGCUGGGAGGAGGUGGUCCAACUUUGGCUUCAGGAGUUGAGGAACACACCCUCACCUCACCUGGUGAUGGAGGGUGGCCUUUGUAACAUAAAGGGAAGAAGAAGAAAAAACCACAUGUGUAAAGGUGUUGUAGACUAGGAAGAAUAUGAUGAUGAUUGUGUUUGCCGUUUGAGAUUCUAAAAUGCCAUUGUUGUGAAUUACAGCUCGCUAUUAUCUCGAGUAUUUUUUUUUCUCCCCCACAGUUUUAACUGGUUCUUAGUGUUGUAUUUGGAUAAUGUAUUGAUUUGUGCUGGUGGUUGAUGAUGAAUUAAUACUACUACUGUUACCACCUGUGAUGUGA